AGGAUUUCUUAUAUAGGAUUUUGAGUUACAUGAAAGAAGAGAAUUUGCCUAAUUUAUUGAAUUCCAAAUUGUUGCAUUAUCAUUAAAAUAUCCUCGACUUUCAACAGUAACAUGAACAUUAAGUAUAUUAUGCUUAGUAGUUCUCUAGGCUUCCAAUCAUACCGCUUCAUCUACCACAUUUUAGUUGACCUAUUUCAAUGUAAAAGAAGGUUGAACAGUUGACAAGUUAGUCCUACCAUUGACUGUCUGUUGUCAAAAUAAAAUUAAAUACUUUUAGUUCAGAUAUGGGAAAUUAGUACAAUUUUGUCCUAAAGAAGAAUAUUGAUGACAGAAAAGUCAGCCAGUUGUAAGUUGGGCCUGGUGGAAGUCCAGACGAGAAUGGAGAAACUACACUUGAUGCCAUGGUGAUGGAUGGGGUCACAAUGGAGGUUGGCGCUGUUGCUGCUAUGAGAUAUGUGCCAGAGGGAAUUAAAGCUGCGAAGUUAGUGUUGGAGUAUACUAAACAUACUAUGCUUGUCGGGGAUCAAGCUUCAGCUUUUGCCAUUUCAAUGGGCCUUCCGGGGCCUACAAACCUAAGCUCAGUUGAGUCAAUAGAGAAGUGGACAAAAUGGAAAGAUAGUUCUUGCCAACCUAAUUUCCGGAAAAAUGUUAUCCCUAGAGAUAGUUGUGGUCCAUUCCAUCCCAAUGGGCCUUCAAUGAGAAGAUGCCUGAUGGAUAACGAGCUCAGGCCUAAUGAAUUUGGAUCAGUUAAUGUAGGUUUACAUAGCCAUGAUACAAUAUCCAUGGCUGUCAUCGACCAAAUUGGACGGAUUGCCGUUGGAACAUCAACUAAUGGAGCCACAUUCAAGAUUCCCGGAAGGGUUGGUGAUGGACCUAUAGCAGGGUCUUCAGCAUAUGCGGAUGCUGAAGUUGGUGCUUGUGGAGCCACUGGGGAUGGUGAUAUUAUGAUGCGCUUCCUUCCGUGUUAUCAGGCUGUGGAGAAUAUGAGAUUAGGAAUGGAACCCAAACUUGCUGCAAAAGAUGCUAUAUCACGAAUUGCAAGGAAAUAUCCAAACUUUAUUGGCGCUCUAUUUGCAGUCAACCGAAAUGGAACUCAUGCAGGUGCAUGCCAUGGUUGGACUUUUCAGUACUCUGUCAGAAAUCCUGGGAUGAACGACGUUAAGGUUUUUACUGUUCACCCCCAGUGAUCCCUUUAGCAUACCCCGAUUCUAUUGAAGUUCUUUCUCUUCCAUAAAGCCGCAUUCUUAGUCUCUUUUGCAUAUUGCAGAAGAGAUAUGUCCUUCCAUAUCGUGAACCAUAAAAUUUGUCAUUGAUAUAGCAAGUUCAAAUUUGACUAUUUGCAAUGACUAUCCUAUUAAGCUUCUAA